UGUGAGUACGGAGUAACCCAACAUCUACAUCCACCUUCACCUGCUCGCUUCAGCUUUUCCAUUUUCCGACUUGUCCUGUCUUGUAUCUGCUUGUCGAUUGAGCCCUUGUUUCCCGCCAGAGAUACCCGUGAGCGUUGUUGGCUUCCUUUCUCGUUCAAGUCGACGUCCUCAGUCAAACAGGUGACGAUUGUCUCAAACGGACCCUAUCAACAAAUUCCCAGCCUCACAAUUCUUCGGCGCUCCUAUCCCUAAUCACCUGUUCGCUCGUUCACUCCGGCGAAAUCUGUUUCGGUGUCUGCGAAGCAUUCCUCUCCUUCACCGAUCUCACUCCUACCGCUCCAUCACCAGUAAAUAAUCCUCGCGAAUAAUACCGACACUGCUGCAGGCUUUGUUUACAACCUGCGGGAAGCCUCACCCUAGCCCCUCCUUCACCAACGACCAUGGCAAUACACUGCACCCAGAAGUAAAUAUCUUUACGGUAUAAGAGUGCAUGCGCAAUCAAAUCCGCGCAUGCCCUCAAUGAAUCAGCGCAGUUGAGGUCGCUUCAGAAUGGGCUUUACUAGUCGACGCCCAAUUCUGCCUGCGCCUACCGACUCCGAACUAGGACCAACUGACGAUACUGGACUGGGAACGGACAUUGGUACCGAUCUCUCGCGGCGAAGUGACAAGACCUCAGAUACAAUUCCAGACGACGGGACUCCAAUCACCAUCACUACUGCUCCCAAACACAAAACCACCGGCAAACUCACAAAGACCCGGCAACAAUCCCAGACUUCUUUGCUUAUUGAGUACUUUGAAGCUAGCAAGGCCUCAGAAUCGGGAACGAGACGACCCAGCUUGCGUGUGCGAUACACUCCCUCACAUUCGCGAAAGAAUAAAGAGAAAGGAGAGGGACACAUCUUGGUCACGGAAUCAAAGUCUGCACGGCGCCCUUCGCAGAGUCACCGCAUUGUCCUCGGUGGCAACGAAUCUCUAGUUGAGAACCCCGUCACGAGCAGUAUCAGUUCCUUGGGUCCUGCUGAGGACCUUAUACCUGCUGCACCUGUUGAGGUUGAAGUCCUACACGACAGCCGCAGCGAGCUUUCGGAUUCGACCUCUUCUCCGGGACCAAGAUACUUCGAACCAGAAUCGGAGAUUUCGUCCAUGCCAGCUGAAAGCUCUCUUGGGCCAGAUCAACCUAUCAGCAUGGCACCAUCCAACCAGACCGGAAGCGUCGCAAGGGGUAGCUCUUACGAUGGAGCCACCCUCAAACCACCUGUCAUCCUGGCCGACCGCAAUUCAAGCAAUGAGCGCAUUACGCAGAAGGUGAUCCAAAAGCUCAGCAACAAGCCUAGAGUGUCUGUCGGUGGGAAGCGCCACUCCAGCGGUCAUAGUGGCAGCCGCAGCAGUGUUAGCAGAGAGGCGGAAGCAGGAAACCAUGAAGCACGGAUUCAUGUUACCAAGCCUGUAGACGACGACUCCGUUCCAAGCGCAACCGGUUCUAGCCUUGUCAGUGGUUCUCAUUUGUCUGCCGACCCUCGGCCAGCCGAUCAGCGUUCAAUCCGUUCAGGUGCCUCAAAUGUUUCCAUUACGAAUAACCCGAAACUACUACAAACGGUUGAAGAUGCUAUCAGGCGGCUGAUACUCCCCGAGCUCAAUGAGCUAAGGCGGGAUCAAAAACACUCGCAUCGUUCACGCCAUGACAAAGUGAGCGAUCCCUCUGACAUUUCCUCAAGUACCAUCUCUCGCGAAGACGCAUCACGACGCAAAUCGUCAGGAAGCAAGUCGAAGCGUCGUGUGAGCCGCGACUCCGAGUCGGGGCUGCCUUCAGGAUCCUCCCGGCGCCAUAGACACCACAAGACCGUCGACUACGAUUCGCCAUCCGAGCAAAGCUACGAGCAGUCGGAGUCCAUCGACAGCAACAGCGUUCGUGAUGAGAGGAAGUCACGAAAACAUCGAAGUCAUCGGACCCGCGAUGCUGCUGCAGGGGCGCUCGGUGCCGCAGCCCUCACCACGGCUGCUCUGAAGUCGCAUGACUCUGGCUCGAGUCUGGAAUAUUCCGAGAAUCGCAGAAGGAGAGAAAGCAAGAGCAGAAGCAGCCGGACUGCCAGUGCCACAGAGAAAGAAGAUGCGUUUCAUAAACACCAUGUUCCGCCUAUGCCGUUUGUGAGCGAGAUAGGGACGGACCUUACUCGCAGCUCGCUGCGAUCCUCUAAUGACGGUGGAGCUGAGACGCCGACGAGACGUGAAGUUCGUGAGGUAAUACGUGGUUCCCCUCUCGAGCUGUCAUCUCCUGGUUCCUAUACACCUACACGAAACUCCUCCGAUCUCAAACGUGGAUUGGGUACCCACCACGGCAAUCUUUCGGAGCAUAAUCUGUCCGGACAUGAUCUCUCAUCUCGAAAGGAAGUGCCGAAGGAAGAUGAUUUCGACCACUCGCGCGAGGUUGAUGACAUUGACUUUGCGACACAUGGCUUUGCCGCCCUGACCGACCCUGAACGAGCUCGAGCAUAUGAGAGAAAUCUUCACCAGCAACAUCCCAUCAGAAGAGGACUCAGUCCGAUACAAAGCGUGGCCAGCUAUCAAACUACCGAGCCCAACCGCAAUUCUAUGAUGCAACCAAGAAGCUUAGAGUCUAUCAAUUCAUUGAAGAAGAGUCAGCAAUUGGACGAUCAAAUAUCGAUAUCCUCGUUGUCGUCUCCACCAAGCACCGAUCUUGCGCGAUCAAGGCGACCUCAUGGCAUCAGUUUGGAAAAUCGCAGUGAAAUUCUGAACCAACAUGGCGGAUCUGUUGAGACCACACCCCGACAGGCUGAUUCGGAUGUCUUUGAGGAACAACACCUGGAAAAUGAGAGCUAUCGCGACGCUCCCUAUAUUGACAAAGUCACUGCCGGACAACAAGUCGCGAAAGUGUCAGGCGCGUCUCCAGAAUACAUUGAGUCACCGAUAGGUGUUGAAUCAGCAGUCGCUUCGUUGAUCGAUCCUUCUGUUGUCGAUGUUGGCAACCAAUACUCGCCACGCUUGAGUCAAGCAGAUUCUAUUAGCGUUCGCGGGGUCGAGAGUCCUUACCAUUCUCAGCAUGGUAGCCCUCUCAAGCACGAGAUAUCCCAUCGAAGCCUCAAUAAGCGUGGCCAUGCUGGUGCAAUAGAAACAAUGGUUUCUCCUCCACAAAGUCCUGCACGUUCAGUCGAGUAUUAUGAUGAAACAGGGGCGAGCUCGGCUCGGACAGCCACCCAGCAACCAAGGAAUGCAGCUCCUGAUCAAGUUGAGCGCUCGCCUGAUUCAGAUAUCACCACGAAUCCUUCAAUCAUCCGUGGGCCCAUUGGUGGUCUUGCACAAGGCAGUACAGAUCAUUGGCCAUAUGAUCCGACACCCCCACGCUCACAUGCUGAGCUUGUGCUUCCGCCAGUCAGUCGAGACAUAGGCUCUGCUGGCGCCGACUUGGUCCCACAGCCUCUGUCAAUCGAGCGUGACCAUGACCUGGAUCCGAAAGUUGAUUUAUACAUGAAAGCGCCACCAAUGGCAACUCCUCCAGGGGCUAAAGAUGAGGGCUAUGAGACAGGAGCAAAUGCUCCAUCCCCCGGUCUGUAUUCCAAUGGUCCUGGAGGUGCAAAUGACACUUUUCCUUUGAAUUCCGCUCUUGAAGACGACCCUUUCACGACUCAACGAGACAAAUAUGUCAGUGGCCUGUCGCACGGCCUCUCCCCUAUGUAUGACAGUGCCAUGGGCCGUGGUCGCGACCACAUCCAGUCAAAGGAUAUUGUUGCUCUUAUGGACCAUUUGACAGUUCGUGAUGCUCAGCGAAAUGCAAGAGACACCGAGAUCUUGGUGACACUGGUUCGGAGCGCGGCUGAGAUGCGCAAUUCUUUUGAAGAUAUGAAGAAAUUUAUAGCUGAGCAGGACGAGAUGAUUCUGGACACGGCUGACAGGCAACACGAGCGGACGCAAAAGAUUGUCAGUGGACCUCGACCACAGCCCACGACGCCUCAUGCCACCAACUCGGCUGCAUCCGAGGAAGAAAUGCCUUCCAAGCGGCGGAAUGUCUUCCAGCGAGCUCUUCGGGGGUUGGGCGCCAAGAACACUCAAGAGUUGCAGAACAUUGAAACAAUGUUGAUGAGACUACUUGACGAGGUGGAAGCUCUUCGAACCAUGCAACCCACCACCAUCACUCAAACCCAGCCGAGAUCUACCAGUCUUGCCUCUGCUGAUAAUGCUCAGCCUCCUACAGAUACCGGGUACGAACCUGAAGGGCAAGCUGGGACUUCAUCGACUGGUGACCGAUCUGGAUUUUUCUCCAACAACUCUUCUCGCCAAGCAGAUUAUCGCAGCUACAGCUUACAUCGGGAUGCCGGUAAUCGUGUCAGCACAGUGAUGGAAGGUGAUGAAGAAUAUGACGACUACGCUGAUGGUCUCGGUGGAGCCGCUGCUGGCAAUGUGCAGACUGCAUCGCAGGCGACCCCAACAAGGAAUGAUGGGGUUCGACAAGUCAGAGGGGGUUCUGUACCGUUGAACACCCCUCCUCGCACGCAGAAUCAGAAUGUGGCUUCGUUAAGCAAUGAAAAUACACCUCACCAUUCGGUUGGUGACGGAUCUGGACGAAAGCACAAGUCAUUCACGUCAUCAUUCAUCCCCAAGAUGGUUUCACGCUGGUCUAAGACCACUGCCUCUACUGACAAUUACCGGACGAGCAAUCAACGAAUUCGUCCUUAUUCGGAAGUAUCUCACUCUGGGUCUAACCUGGGAGAGUACGACUACGAGCAUGAUCCUCAAGGCGACGACCGCAUUCGGUCGCAAGGUUCGUUCCAGCCAGAGCAAUAUCCGGAAGAGGAGAAUCGACCACCGUCGCCAUUGAUUCCGAGCCAGAUUUCAGACAACCCGAAAUACCAGGCUCACCGAAACAGCAUCAAUCUUCAACAUCCUCAGCCACGGCAAGGUCCAAGUGGUCGCUAUCAGUCUCGACUAGAGUCAGAAGCCCAGCUUUACACUGAUCAGUUGUCGCCGACUUCACAGACAUCGUCUCAUUGGGAGAAUCAUCACUCGGGACUGCACGAUCCAAACCAUGGGGCGGCGAUGUAUGGAGAUCAUCUCAGCCCGGUCUCUGAUACCACACGUUCUCAGGAACAUGGUUUGAGUCACGAUAACAGAAGCGUGGCAUCAUCUCAGGGACCGCCACGGCCGCCAAAGAUCUUGAGUGACGAGCCUUUGGUGCCUCAACGUCCGCCAAAGGUCUUGAUGAGUCCACCUCCGUCCAACAGACAGCAGACCUAUGUGGAUCACGUGGCUGCUGCCAGAGCUGGCAGCCCCGCCUUCGACAAGUCUCCUGUCGCAGCAUUAAGAUCUCCACAGAGUCAGGGGCGAAAGCCGUCCGGACCUAGACCGCUUACCACGACAGGUGGCUUGAAGGGCGAUCUGAAUGCUAUCAAGAGGACUCGCUUCAGAGGCAGUCCAAACCAGAUCGAUAGUGAGGAUGAAGCUGCAGCAGCAUACUAAUAUACUUCGGGAAAUGACUUGUGUGACAGAGUGAAAUUCUCAUGUCUGCGUGCUACAUCCAUGCAUAUGUCUUUAUCCACGGAAACAUGACGUGUGCCCACUGCUGGCGAGUGGAAAAGCUUCGGGUUAUUGGCGUUGGUGUCAAAGAUUGCGGCAUGAUUCUAUUCGGCUCGGUGGUUAGAUGAGGUUGCAAUCGAGUGGACAAAGUCCUCAGCUUUUACGACGUGGGACUUACUCUUAGCCGGCGUUAGAAUUGGACUGGGUCAAAAAAGAAUUAGGAGCUUGGAGCGCUGGUUUCGCCUCCCUUUUGGACCGUGUUGGCUGUGAAUGCGGGCGAAAAUACUGAAUAAUACUUUCAUCGGCGCACCGUUACGGUGGACAUCCUCGUUUGGUCGCCGUUGUUAAUGAGGCAAACUUCUCCCCUAAAUCAACAGCGUUACUGCAUUGCGAAGC